UCACUCCUCAAAUAAAUAAAUGGAACUACAGUAUUCUGACUUUAGACCAUUUUCUAUUUAGAUACAGUAACAUCCCUUAUGUGACAUUCUGUUCCUGCAUGUUAAUGCCCUGACUAGGCUACUUUUAAAAUGUGUCAACAACAGAACUCGCACUUAGGCUACGCCUGCUUCUACUAAUACUUACAGUAGACUACUUCUUGUUUCCAUGCAGCGACAGUAAGUUGACUAACUGUUCAAGACCUCUCCCCUUCACUUCACUCUACUGCAGGGAGGGAGAUGCAACAAUGGUCUUGAGAACAGCUGGAAGUGUGUUGGUGGUCUUUCUCUGGUCUGUGACAGUGGUACUGGGUCAGGAUGACUGGAGUGUGAGUUACACCACUCAGAGUAUCUGUACCUUCAAGGAGUCAACAGUGGAGCUGUCCAGCUCUUACACAUAUCCCAGUGGUUAUACAGUCACAACAACCUUCUGGUUCACUAAGUAUAAUGCUGAGGGUCCUGUUAGUCUGAGUGAUGACCCAGACUACAAAGGUCGUGUGACGUACAGUAAGAAUAAAGAGAAUGGUCACACCCUGACAAUCACAGACCUGAGAGAGAGUGACUCAGCUAGGUACAAGUUCAGAUUUACAGAUCAGACUGGGAAAUGGAGAUAUACUGGCGAACCUGGAGUCGCUCUGUCUGUCACAGGUCUUCAGGUGAAGUUGACUGUUGGAUUUUGGUAUAAUACACUGACCUGUAGCACCACCUGUACUCUGCCUGACAACCCCACCUACAUCUGGUACAAGAACGGACACAAAGAAAAGGAGGACACUUCUAGCUCGUACCCAGACUCCUUUAGUGAUGUAGACAGCUACUCCUGUGCUGUAAAAGGCCAUGAGGAUCUCCUCUCUCCUGCAGUGUGUCAGAAGUGUUGGAGUGUGACUUACACCCAGCAGAGUAUCUGUACCUUGAAGGGGUCAACAGUGGACAUAUCCUGCUCUUACACAUAUCCCAGUGAUCAUGAGAUCAAAAAAGCUUUCUGGUUUACUAAAUGGUCUGAUAAGGAUGCUGAAGAUCUGAGCUCAGCGCCAGGGUAUGAGGGUCAUAUAGAGUACCUUGGGGAUAAGGAGAGUGACUGUACCCUGAGAAUCACAGACCUGAGGUUGAGUGACUCUGCUGGGUACAGGUUCAGAUUCAUAACAACCAGAGACAAGUUUGCUGGCUCACCUGUCUCCCUGACUGUCACAGUUCUACAGGUAAAGAUGAGAACUUCAAGGUUUUCAAGCUGGGUGACUCUGACCUGUAGUACCACCUGUACUCUGACUGACAGCCCCACCUACAUCUGGUAUAGGAAUGGACACAAAGUAAAGGAGGACACUUCCAGCCAGUACUCAGACUACCUUAGAAAUGCAGACAGUUACUCCUGUGCUGUAAAAGGCCAUGAUAAUCUCCACUCUCCUGCAGUGUGUGUCCGUGGUCAGAACUGUUGGAGUGUGACUUACCCCCAUCAGGGAGUCUGUGCCUUGAAGGGGUCAACAGUGGAUAUAUCCUCCACGUAUGACAGUGGUGAUGCUACGAUCACAUCAUCACACUGGUUUAGUUCUAAACAGAGUUCCAGCUGGAAGGAUGAGUUGGUCCCUGAGGACCUAACCACAGACCCAGGGUAUGCAGGUCGUGUGGAGUAUGUUGGAGAGAAGGAGAGCGGUCGUUCCACCCUGAGAAUCACAGAUCUGAGAGAGGAGGACUCUGCUGAAUACAAGUUCAUAUUCAACACACAAACCUCAGGAUGGGGGUACAGCUUCCCUGGAACAACUCUGACUGUCACAGGUCUGCUGGUGAAGGUGACUCCUGCCACUGUGACAGAGGGACAGAAGGUGACACUGACCUGUAGCACCACCUGUACUCUGGGUGACAACCCCACCUACGUUUGGUACAAGAAUGGACAUGUAACCACAAAAUCUACCAGUCUGUUCCUAAACCCAGUCAGCAGUGAGGAUGCAGGCAGAUACUCCUGUUCUGUAGAAGGCCAUGAGGAUCUCCCCUCUGCUGAAGAGACUCUCACUGUCACAUAUGGCCCAAAGAACACCUCAGUGUCAGUCAGUCCCUCUGGUGAAAUAGUGGAGGGCAGUUCAGUGACUCUGACCUGCAGCAGUGAUGCCAACCCACCUGUGGACAAAUACACCUGGUACAAGAAGAACGUAACCUCACCAAGAGCAUCAGGACAGAGUUACAGCAUCACUAACAUCAUCUCUGAGGACAGAGGAGAAUAUUACUGUGAGGCCCAGAAUAGAAAAGGAUCUAUGAACUCUACAUCUCUGAUGAUCAUUGUAGCAGGGAAACCCACCUCCUUUGUGACUGCAGCUGUAGGAAUCAUAGUGGUUGUUCUGGUUCUCAUCCUCUGUCUCUCUGGCUUCAUGUGGUUCAGGAAGAAGGCCUCCAAAUCCACCUCUGACACAAGAGACACAUCAGAGAAUGUACAGGGAGACUCUAGUCCAGUGUAUGACAACAUCUCAAGCAUGGCCAUGACCUCUACUGCAGCACAGACAGCUGACACAGACAACCAGGAUGAUGUUCACUAUGCCAGCGUCCACUUCUCUGGCUCCAAAAACCAGGAAGUGUCUCUAUACUCCACCGUCCAGCUGCCUCAGCCCCAGAUUCAGGACGAGGAUGUCCAGUAUGCUGCUGUGAAAUUCAGCCGCCCCAGUGCUGCCACCCGGUGAAUGUUUUCUGCCAUUACAACAGAGUCAAUACUAGAACACUGAACUCACAGACAUCAUCAAGGGCAUUCAUAUGCUGCUGUUUAUUGAAAGAGUAGACAAUGAUGUCAUCAAUAAGCAAAACAGUUGACCCCCUAGUGACAACUCAUUGUUCCCUGAGAUCUCGCCUUCCGGCGCCGACAGAGAUGGCCGCCUCGCUUCGCGUUCCUAGGAAACUAUGCAGUUUUUUGUUUUUUUACGUGUUAU